CCCAGCCUCCCGAGGUCCCCUGCGUGUCCCUCCACCCGCAGCAAGACGGGGUCGUGGUGGGGGUGGGGGUAGGGUGAAGGGCUUCCCCGCCCCCACCCCUUUCCUGGAAACCACCUGUCGGGGUCAGGGGCUCCGCCCCACAACUCUCCGCCUUAAAGGGGUCGCGGCUCCUGAGUCCUCCCUGGGGCAUUGCCAGCUGCUGCGAGACCAACACGCGGAUGAGAGCUCCGGGGACACCGUGCUGGAGACGGGGAUCCAGGCUCGAUUUUGGCUCCCUGUCACCCGCCUGCGGAGUGGGGAUUGGCCCUGAUCAAUUCCUCUAAACGUGGGUGCUCCGAGGCCAGGGAAGGGGACAGGGCCGCACUUCAAAAGAGCCCCUUCAAGGGCUGGUGUUCUUGACCCUGAACCUGACCCGGCCUGACGAUGACCUCCCACUUCCCUCUGCUGCUGCCGCUGCUGCUGCUCCCUCUCGCCGCCUGCACCCUGCGGGCCCCGGACUCCGCGGGCAGGCGCCUGUGUUCCCUGGGCACUUGCCAGGUGCACCGCCUGCCCGAGAUCAUGUACUGGCUCCACUCCGCCUCCACCAAGGAGCCCUCGGGGAAGGCCGGCCGCGAGCCCCACGACCCCCACGGCUACGGGCGCCGCCGCCGGCGUGAGGCCACAGUCCUGCUUCACCCCCAGGAGCCCGGCCCGCGGCCUGGGGGCUGGCGCAGUGCCCAGCCUGCUGGAUGAUGUGGGGCACGUCUCUGCGCCUCCCCUAGCCUGUUUGCCCACCUGUGUUUUGGAGUCGUGGUCCCAAGUUUCUUCUCCCCUAACUCCACCCUUGAGACCGGGCUCCCCCUGAGACCGAGCCUCCCACACCUUCCCAGGCAGUGACUGGGCUGGGCCCAGGGUCACAGCGGAUCCUGCCUAGCCGAAUAAAACCAGAGUUCUAUGUUGCA